AUGAGGCAGUGUCGUGUAAAUUCUUUGCACUACUCGCUUAAGGCGGCGAAGCUACUAUCGCAGCCAUCGCUAUGGUCACCGGCUUCAGCAACGCCGCGUCGGAUCGCAUCUUUUCGCACGUUUGCUGAUUUGAAGCGGCCGUCCACUGCGCCCAAGCCCAUCAUCGACAUCAGGCACAUCCGAGAAAAUCCAGAACUCUAUGAGCAAAACUGUCUUGAUCGCAACUACGUGGCCCAAAGCAAGAGCCCUGGCCGCAUCAAUGAACUUUUUGCGCAAUGGCAGACCCUACAGAAAGACAGCCGCGUCCUCCGAGAAAGGUCAAACCUGCUCCGGCGCCAGAUUGCCAACCCAUCUUCAAGCCGCGACGAUGAUGAUUUCGUUGACAUAAGAAAACUAAAGCGCGAAGAGCUUCUCGAAGAAGCCCGGUUGCUGAAACAGAAGCUAUCAGCCGUCGAGCAAGACGAGGCGAAGUUGGUCGAUGAGAUGGAGAGCCUCGCCUUAGGCCUACCAAAUCUCACCAGCGAAGUGACUCCUGUGGGUGAGAAGCCGCUGCUUCUGAGUUACAUUAACGAGCACCCUAUUGAACCCGCCAGUAAUUCUGACAAAAUAUGGCGGUCACAUGUCCACAUUGGAUCGGAGCUUGGCUUGCUUGACUUCACCGGCGGCGGCAUCACUUCCGGGUGGGGAUGGUAUUAUCUCCUUGACGAGGCUGCCCAGUUAGAGCAAGCUCUUAUCCAAUACGCUUUAGCUGUUGCAACCAAGCAUGGCUGGCGUCAAGUCGCACCGCCGAGCGUGGUCUACAGCCAUAUUGCCUCUGCCUGCGGGUUCCAGCCGCGCGACCAAAACGAUGAACAACAAAUUUACACCCUCGCACAGUCUCAAGACGAUGCGGAGAAAGGUAAACCACAACUUUGCCUUGCGGGCACCUCUGAGAUCCCUCUCGCCGGCAUGAAGGCGGAGGCGACCCUUGACAUCUCCGAUUUGCCCAUGAAGAGGGUCGCCGUCUCAAGAUGCUACCGCGCCGAAGCGGGGGCCCGCGGUGCCAACACCAAAGGUCUCUACCGCGUCCACGAGUUCACAAAGGUCGAAAUGUUUGCCUGGACGAGUCCAGGAGCUGACGCUACAACCGAUGUCUUUGAGGAGAUACUGGAUAUCCAGACGGAGAUUCUCGGCUCCCUUGGCCUGCAUUGCCGUGUCCUCGAAAUGCCUACCGCUGACCUUGGCGCCUCAGCCAUACGUAAAUGUGACAUCGAGGCAUUUUUCCCGUCUCGCCAGCAGCAAAAUGACGGCUGGGGCGAAGUAACAUCUACCAGUAUUUGUACCGACUACCAGACCCGAAGACUUGCUACGAGGGCUAAAAUCGAUGGCAAACUUACGUUCCCGUGGACUGUCAAUGGCACAGCUCUCGCCAUCCCAAGAGUGCUGGCAGCCAUUCUUGAAGCGGGAUGGGACGAAAAGGACAUGUCGGUCGUCAUUCCAGUAUGCCUGCGGCCAUGGAUGGAUGGGAAAGAAAAGAUUGUGCGGAGAGCCGCCUCGUCGAUGUAG